UUAUUUUCAUUCUUACACACUAUAAAUGCACAGAACUGAUAACAACGCUGAAAGCAAUGAAUAUACUAGCAAACUUGAUAAUAAUGAUACAGCAGACACCGUAUCAUCAACUCUGAAUAAGAAAAACCUAGACGAACAAGCUACCAAAACUGCUCAUGUUGCUUCUAAUCCGAAGAGCAGCAACUCUUUCACGCAGCGACUGAUUGAAAGAGGCGUAGCUGUGCCUUCCUCAUUUAUAAAUUGGGAUGGAAUAAAAAAUAGGUCAUCUUGUUAUACCAGUAGUAGCAACAAUCGUAGCAACAAUAACAACAAUCAGGAUGAUGGCAUUUCAGCCAGCUUGUCUUCAGUCUCUCCGGGUGCAAUAAAUAUCCACCAUAACAACGGUAGUAGCAGUAGUGAUAGUAGCAGUAGUGCUCAUCUUAAUAGCAACAAUUUUUCAACUGCUACCGCUACUAACAACAGUAAUAGUAGUAAUGGAUUUUUUUAUGAUAUUGAGCAAAGUUAUGGCAUUUCGCCCUUUAUAACACCUUCCUUAACAGCAAGUGAUCUACUACUACCGGGUUCAGAAGGGACUACAAGCCAUAGUGGAGGCAGUAGCAUCCCUAAUAAUAGCAACAAUAAUAGCAAUAACACUUUUUUCAGAUCAUUAAGACAGCGAUAUGAAAAAGAGCGAAAGCAAAAACAACAACAACAACUUAUAGAGGGUGGUAGUAAUAACACUUACAGAGAAAUUGAUCAAGUAAACGAGGAAGACGAAGAAGAUCCAGAGGAGAUUGAUGGACAGGUGCAAAAUUCAGCGUUCAAUGCAAAGAUAACCAACACCGGUAAACAGCAAGAUAGUGAUAUUGAGCUUUCAGAAGAUGAUGGAGGCUUGCAGCAUCAACAGCCUCAUCCAAUUUUACCUUUGAAAUGGAGAAAACGAACAAAAUCAACUGCAUCAACCCAUGAAGAAAUGCCACUUGAGGAAGCUGCAGAAAAAAACGUAGAAACUGAAAAUGAAGAUAAGCACUUCACAAUAUCACCUACCGUCGAGCGCGUCAAACGAUUGUUGUUUACAAAACCAGCUGUCUUGCCACAGCAACAACAACAAAAACCAACCGCGCCUGCUAAUCUUGAUCUGUCAUUGUCAUCAUCUAAUUUAAUUAAAGAGCCUACGGCAUCUUUACCGAGCCCACCGCGAAGAUUUUUACUGCAAACACCUGUAUUUCAAGUUGUGAAUGCAAACACUGUCAAGGAUCGAUAUUUAUUCUUAUUUAACGAUUUACUACUCAUAUGCAAGCCUAUUAUGGAUGAAAAUAUCAUUACGACCACUAAUAUCUCGUCUACGGAACUGAAUAAUCGUAGUAAUAUGCUACAUAUAAAUAGUGGAAAGGUAAAUAUUGGAGCCGGCGGUGGUAAUCACAGUCCAAGGAACGGCAAUAUUGUAAUCAAUAGUAGUCGGUAUAGAUUUAGGCCCAAUGAAAACUCUUUAUUCCAAGUGAAGAAUAUUGUGCAAUUGUCUAAUUUAACAUUGUAUAUCACGAAAGAUGAUUAUUACAAUCUACAACAACAAUAUCAAAACAGCAAGAAAGAAACGGCGGCCGAUAAAUCAAAAACAAAAGCUGAAGUAGGCCAUAAUAGCCUAUCUGUUUCUUCCCAACUCCCACCUCCGCAACCGCGCCUUAAAAUCCACCCUAUAUUAGCGUCUGCUCUUCGCAAAUUUGAGAAUAAUGCCUCUUCUGGUAUUGCCUAUUUGAUCAAUAAAAAGGUGCUAACGCAAGAUUCGCUCAGUAUUGCCAAUUUCCUGUUCAAAACUCCUGACUUAAAUCGACGGCAGUUGGGGUACUAUCUUUCGGAUCCACAACACGAAGAUAUAUACGAUGCAUUUUUGGAGUGCUUCCGACUGAGUGGACUUAAAUUGGAUGAGGCAUUAAGAAUCCUAUUAACAACAUUCCGACUGCCGAGUAACUGGGAGUCGUUAGAAUAUUUGGUGGAAAAGUUUUCAAAAAAAUGGCAUGAUGCGAAUCAGAAUGUGAUCAAAUUCCACGAGGAUAUGGUGGUGAAAGUAGUAGUGGCUACCUUAUUCUUGAAUGCCGAGUAUUGGUAUGACGCUGCGUCAGAAAGAGAUGUGUUCUGGUAUGCAAGAGAGUUGAAAGAAAGACAGGACAGACAUGCAAAAAGAAAGAUGAGUAUGAUGGUAAUCAAUAAUCAUACAAUGUCACUUCAUCCUCUAAACAAAACAAUAAUCCAAGAAGACGAUGGCAACGAUAACGACGACAAUAAUUCGAUGGGAAUUGCAAUGGAGAUAACAGGUGCUGGAAGUAGUAACAAUAUCAACAGUACCAAUAGCAAGCAAAAUGUAGCUAUUGAACCUUUACAUUAUAUCAUGUCUAAACGAGCUCGAGAAAAUCAGGAUUACAAUAAGCCUAGUUUGCAGGAGUUUCUUGAACGAUGGAGUUAUUAUGAUCAAUAUCAUUUGGUACCUGAAGAAUUUAUGGAAGAGAUGUAUAAAUCAAUUACAGAAGAAAGACUAGAGACAGGCUGGGAUAACAAAACGGGCAGAAGAAGUAUUGAUAAGAAUAGCAGUAAAGCCGCGCAACAGGAGCAAUUGCUAUCAGACAGUAAUGCAGGAAAUGGCGUUACUCGACCCAAAAUUGUUUCGCCAUCUAUUCAGCAAGGUUCACAAGACGUUGUCAUAACCGUGACGCCUUAUCGAUUACCUUCUCGUCUUACCAAAGGCAUGCCAUCCCAUCCAAUUACCAUUGCUAUUCCGAAUCCGGACAAGGGUCUACAGAUCAAGUUGAGAGGACAGGAUUUGACAUUCAAGCCGUCCAACGUGUUAGACUUUUCAGAAAAGUGCACACAAACAUUCACAAUUACAGGUAACACGCUAGGAAGAACGUCACUGAUGUUCAUCAAAAUGGGCGAAAAUGCCGGCAACUAUGUCAGCCCUACUUUACCCAGGACAAAGAGUGUAGUGGUAGAAAGACCCUUCAUGCGGUACACAUUCCAAAUUGGUUUUAAACAGCAACAGCAGCUGCCGUCAAACCCUUGUCCUAGCCCCAGAAAAGAAAAGUCAUCACCAGGAAUUCGUUCUAACGAUGAAAGGUCACUGCUACCUUCCAUGCGAAGUGAUAACCUUGAAGAAAACAACAGUACGGUUGUAGAAGAUGACGAAAAGGAUGAUGAUGCUCCUGAAGAGUCUGGACGAAGACACCAGAUCGUUAACCGCAAGUAUACCUUCAGUGUUGAAACAGCUGAAGAGCGUUUUCAAUGGAUUGAUGCCUUGAAAAAACUCAGUGGUCAUGUAAAUCAUAUUAGGAACGAAGAGACGAUCAGGCAAUACAUAAAUAUGACAUCUGAAGCUAGAGUAGCUUUACAGGUUCUGAAAGAGAUUUUGUUGGCUGAAAAUGAACAACUAACAAAAAGGACAACAGCAACUAAUAAUACCCUCAAUGCAACUACAGCAAGCAAUGAUACCAGUAAUAGUAACAGCAGAAAUGAUGUAUACCAGAAGUAUAGUCAAACGAUGGAGUUACUUCUACCUUCUGUACAAAGGACUCAUAUGACACAACAGCAACAGCAAGAAAACCGCAAUAACGCUACUGCCAGCGCUACCAAUACUAGUACGGUUACGCCAACGGCAUCUUCUACGACAACUGCCAACGUUGUCACGAAAAGGGGUCAUGAAAUUGUCAAAUUGGUUGUACAAAAUUCUAUGGUACCACUGGUAUUAGGCUUUCUUAAAAGUCAAAUUUAAUAAAAGACCCUU